UUUGCUGCAGCAACAUCCACCGUCUCUUCUGGUCUCGGUCAAUACACGUAAAUCUGCAACAGUCACAAGGUAAACGUCAAUUGCAAUUUUUCUUUCGAUCUACAGAGGCAUUUGUUUCUUUAGUACCUGUAAUAUCUCCACCGCGGCCGUGAGGUCCUCACCAUUCACGUAAAAAUCUCUAAGAGCAUGCUCCGUCCAAGUUCCCUCAGAGCCAUCCAUCCCACCACAGCAUCAAGAUCCCAAACACAAGCACUUUCGCUCCUCCGGAGGGGACUCCUACACCACUCCACUGCACCGUUUGCCCUUCCAUCCCGCACCAUGGCCUCCCAACCCAAGAAACAAGAUUGGUCCGCCACCCAGUACAUGAAAUUCGGCAACGAGCGCACUCGCCCCGUCCACGACCUCCUAUCCCAAGCCCGCGUCCAUGUCCAGACCUCCACACCCCGGAUCUACGACCUCGGCUGCGGCCCCGGCAACAGCACCUCGGCGCUGCUCGCCGCGUUCCCCGGCGCGCAAGCCACCGGCAUGGACUCGAGCCCAGACAUGCUGGCCAAAGCCUCUGCGGCGCUGCCGGACGCGCAGUUUGUGCACGGCGAUCUCGCGACCUUCGAGGCGCCCGGCGCGGACGUGCUGUUCAGCAACGCCGUGUUCCACUGGCUGCGCUCGCCGCAGCGGAUUCCCACGCUGGUGCGCUUCUUCGAGGGCUUGAAGAGCGGCGGCGUGCUCGCGAUCCAGGUGCCGGACAACUACGGCGCGCCGUCGCACGCGCUGAUGCGCGACGUCGCAUCUACGCCCGGGGCUGCGUGGUCGUCGUUCUUCGCGGACUGCAGCGUUGGAGACGUGAGCGAUGCGCGGCGCCCGGAUCUGGAUCCUAUCGAGGCGCCGAGGACCUUCUACGAUGCGCUGGCGCCGUAUGCGCAGAACGUGGAUAUCUGGCGCACCGAGUACCAGCAUGCGCUGAAGGAUGCCGGGGCGAUUGUUGAGUGGGUCAAGGGGACGGGGCUGCAGCCGUAUUUGCAUCGGAUAGGGGAUGAGGGGGCGAAGAAGGCGUUUUUGGAGGAGUAUGAGAAGAGGUUGGCGGAGGCGUAUCCGGAGUUGAAGGAUGGAAAGGUGUUGCUUGGGUAUCCGAGGUUGUUUGUUGUCGCGGUGAGGAAGUAGGGGCACGCUUGGACAGAAUAAAUGAGAGGUGUUUGUUUGAAGGCGCCGUAUGUAUUGGAGUCGAUUGACUCGAAGUCUAUAGAGUCCGAUACUUAUACGCGCAGCUCAUUGAUCCAUUCGUGAUGCAGAUCCUCGUUACCUUAAGUCUUAGUUGUUGUUCUUAACUAAGUCCAUCACCAUAUUCAUCGGGCAUUGUCGGAGAUAUUUCCAAAGAGCCAAUGCAUGCAGUCUCUUCUGUGCGUGGUCUCUUCUAGCGGCAUUGCCUGCACACCACCCGGCCACAACCGUCGCAGUGCCACAGCCAAGGAAGCCAGUCUGCUUGACAUCCCAGACACGGAAGCUGUAUGGCCAUCGACUCGGAAGCGUUGACGCCAAUAAUGCUGAUGUAUGGGAGGGGCAUUAUCAGCAACUGCACCGGGCCAGACGUCUUCUUGGGCUGCAUGAGCACAAGCGCACGU